AUGUCGUCGCACCUAUUCGACGCCGUCGUCGCCCACAGCGAUCCCGCCGCGCAUCUUCCCGACCCCGCCUCCGCCCCACUCUCCCAUCCCCGGACCUCGCCGCGUGCCGUGCCGCCGCCGCGCGAGGCGCACCACCUGCUCGUCUUGGAGGGCUCGCGCUUCACGUGCGUCAGCGCGCCGCUCUCGCUCUCGCUGCGCCUCUGCUUCCAAGACCACAGCGCCAGAGGUACCGCCGCCGCUGACCGCUCGGACCACCAUCAGCACGCCGAGCAGCGCGCGCAACUGCUCGCACCGCCCGUUGACAGCGGUUCCCCCGAUAUCUCUCCCGAAAGGUCGGGAAGCGAAACCUUGCGUGAGUCCACGGGGAUAGGCCUUGGCGCAAGGCAGGAGGCGGAGGAGGCAGAGGAAGAAGCGGGGGAUGCGUGCUGCGAGCGGGAGGGGAUGCACGUGCACGCACACGUGCAUCAUGGCGACGCGAGCACCGAAGACGUGCUGCUCGAACCGGUGCGUGCUGCUCGAACCGUUUCUGCUAGCCUAGUCAACCACAAUGCCCGUCCCUUCGCCUUCCCCCGUUAUUGUCACACUCCACAGUGCCUGCACGAAGGUGUGCUGUCGCCCUGCCUGCGCCCCUCCCCCGCCCCCUCGCCGCGCCUCCCCUCUCUUUCCACCGCAUUUGGCGGGGAGCGGGGGAAUGACGCGGUGAGGAGAGAGGGGGAGGGGGUGAGGGGGGCAGUGACGGAGGGGCAUGGCGGCGCAGAGGAGCAGGGCGAGGGGGGGUGGCACGUGCAUGCGGAGGGGUGUGGGCAUGGUCGCAUAGCGCAUGGCGACCACGUGGACUACCUCAUGCCGCUCCUCGAUGGCUCCUUCCUGCUGCACCACGCUCAUCACCUGCCCCAUGCGCACCACGCGCAUCACUCACCCCCCCAUGCGCACCACGCGCAUCACUCACUCCGCCAUGUGCAUGCAAUGCGUGGUCAGCACGGGCAUGGUGAUGCGCACGGGCAUGGUGAUGCGCACGGGCAUGGUGAUGCGCACGGGCAUGGUGAUGCGCACGGGCAUGGUGAUGCGCACGGGCAUGUUCGGACUCUCCUCCCCAUGCGGCAGCAAGCGCACAUGGCCAUGGCAUGGCAGCAGGGCCAUCCGUGCAGUGCUGCCAGCCACGGCAGCACCGCGCAUGUUGCGCACUCUGCCAGCACCACUGCCCCGCACACUCACCCCGCUGAGGCGCACAGGCAUGACGCGGCGGCAAGCACAUGCGGUUACCACGUGCACGAGCACGGGCGGCUGGUGAGGAUCGGCGCUGCCACGGGGCUGCUGAGGCGGCGCGUGGGCAAGCAGCGUGUGGAGGUGUUUGACUACGUGCGCCAUGCUCCCUCCCCCACCCUCACACCCACAUGUGCUCGCACCUGUGGCAGUGCGGCAGCGGGAUGCUGCUCUGAUGCCAUCUGCUCCUACACUCGGUUGCCGUCCCGUGAUGAAUGUGAUUAUAUGGAGGGCAACGAAAGAGCAGUACAGAUGGGGAUGAAGCGGCGUGAUGGUGGAGCGGAGGAGCAGGCAGGUCCGUGUGGGGAAGGUGCAUCUGCACCUCCACCUGCCGGCUCUGCUGCAGCUGCAGCGAGUCUGCUUGACGCUGACGUGGCACAGGUGGUGAAGAGUGAAAGGGUGCAGGCAAAAGCAGCUUCUCUGAUUGGCUGUCAUACGCCGAUGGCAGUGAUGGCACGUGAAGAGCAGCCCCGUGGCAGUGAACAGUCCACAGGCUGUACGCUUCAUGAGAAAGACGAUCAUGGCUGCUGCAGCAGCGGCCAUCACAGCAGGCACAGUCACACUCACGCUUGCAUCACCAGCCAUGAUGCUGGCAGCGCUGAUGGCGUUGAAACCAGCGAGGCAGCAGUGGGAGGGGCGAUGUGGUGUAGCGGGCAGGGCUGCUGCACUCAUGCAGAGGGCACUGGGAGUGCAGGCGAGAUGGUGGUGCUGGUGGGUGGGGGCGACAGGGAGGGGGCUGGAGAGGAGACAGAGGUAGUGGGCGAGUGGAUGGCCAGAAAGCCGUCUCCAUUCGUCUGGUGGUCAACCACCGCGUGCAAGCGAGCAAUCACUGCCGUGGCCAGCGCAGCAACCAAGGCCUUCCAAGGUCCCCAGCCGCACAGCAAUGCUUCCGCCCCCGCUGCUGCCAUUCCUGGUGCUGGUGGGGCAGUGGUGACGUCACGGGUGGACGUGUUGGGGCUGUGCUGCGAAGCGGAGGUGGCGGUGGUGCAGCGAGUGGUGGAGGCGCUGCCCGGCGUGCUGCACGUCGCCGUCUCCACGCCCACCAGGACGGCCCUCGUGCGCCAUGACGCCUCCAUCACCUCCACUGCUGACAUCGUGGCGGCGCUGAACGAUGCGCAUCUGAAUGCCAGCGAGCAGCAGAGGGGGCGAGUGCGCAUGGCGUCGUCGCUGCCGUCGCCCUCCACGCUGCUGUCGGGCGCGCUGCUGCUCGUCUCCCUCUUCCACUACCUCCUCCCCCCCCUCCAGUUUGUCGCCCUCGCCUCCAUCGCCGCCGGCCUGCCACCCAUUCUGCUCAGCAGCCUCGCUGCGCUGAGGAGGUUCAUACUCGAUAUAAACACACUCAUGGUCAUUGCAGUGGGCGGCGCAAUAGCCAUUGGGGAGUAUGUGGAGGGCGCGUCUGUGGUCUUCCUCUUUUCCCUCGCCCACUUCCUUGAAGCGCGCUCCACCCAUAAGGCGCGGGUGGCCAUCCAGUCACUCAUCGACCGCGCCCCACAGACGGCUGAGCUGGCCGCCACAGGCGAGCAGGUGGCGGUGGAGGACGUGCCCGUGGCCACGCUGCUCGCAGUGCGCCCAGGCGCUCUCGUGCCGGUGGAUGGAGUGGUGCAGAGCGGUGCGAGCAGCGUGGAUGAGAGCAGUCUGACAGGCGAGUCGCUGCCAGUGUUCAAGGACGUGGGCGCGCCUGUGUGGGCCGGCACCAUCAAUACCACAGGCCCGUGCUGCUCCUCUCCGCUCCCUCACACCACCAACCAGCCACGCUACUUCACCAUGAGGGCCACGGCGCUGGCGAGCGACUCAGCAGUGGCGCGCAUGGUGGCGCUCAUCCACGCAGCGCAGGCCAACCGCUCGCCGUCGCAGCGCCUCGUGGAGUCGUUCGCACGCGUCUACACGCCCACCGUCGUGCUCGCCGCGCUGCUGCUCGCCCUCGUGCCACUCGCCGUGCCCUCCGCCGACCACCUCUACUUCUUCCGCCUCGCGCUGCUGCUGCUCGUCGUCGCCUGCCCGUGCGCCCUCGUGCUCUCCACGCCCGUUGCCGCGGUGUGCGGCAUCGCGCGCGCUGCAAAGGACGGGGUGCUGGUGAAGGGCGGCGCGCACCUGGAGAUGCUGGGGCGCGUGCGGGCGGUGGGCGUGGACAAGACGGGCACGCUCACACAUGGCCGCUUCCAAGUGGUGGGGUUUGAGCUCGUGGACGGCGCUGCCUGCAGCAAGCAUGAGUGCCUCGAGUGGCUGGCAGGCGCAGAGAGGCAGUCCAGCCAUCCCAUGGCGGCCGCCCUGCUGGCCUACUGCCGCUACCACGGCGUUGAGUCCAACGGGCCGCUGCCGGCUGCUGCUGCAUGCACCCCUGUAACAGCAGCAGGCUGCGCACACACCCAUUCCACGUGCUCCCGUGCUGGUGCAGGCAGCAGCUGGGGCGAGUUGGGUUGUGGAAGCAGCAGCAAGAUGGGUAGGAACGGUUGUAGCACACGUGCUACUGCUACUGGUGGAUGCAGCAAGCCACACGUCACAUGCAAUGCGGCUGCUGACACAUGUGGCAUGCCAGAUGGCGCAUGUGCCAUGCUGGGUGGGGCAUGUGAAGACAAUGGAGGGUCUUGUGGAGGCAGUAGGUCACAUGGCAUGGUUGCAGCCAGCCAAGGGUGCUGUAAGGCGUCUCGCUGCCAAGACAGACAGCAAGGCACUGCUGCAGAAACCGAGGCAAUCUGUAACGAGGAUGCGACUGAAGGGGGGGUUGGACGGGCAGCAGGAGGGACAGAGGGUGGCAGGGAGGGAGGGGGGGCGAGUGGGUUUGAGACGGUAGCGGGCGAGGGCGUGGAGGCGGUGGUGGGGGGCAGGCGCGUGCACGUGGGCAACGAGAGGAUGGCCCUGCGCCUGGGGUGGACACAUGCCAUGCCCCCCGCGCUGCUCUCCCACUGGCUCAGCCUCGGAGCCACCGUGGUGUGGCUUGGCGUGGACGGCCACCCCAAGGCAGUGAUUGCCGCAGCUGACUCGCUUCGGGCCGAAGCUGCGGAGGCGGUUGGGCAGCUGGUGAGGGGAGUGGGGCUGCACGUGGCCAUGCUGACGGGCGACAAUGCGGGCGCUGCCACUGCCGUGCAGCAGCAG